AUGCUUGCCAAGAUCCAGGCGCUUCAGGCACUGGUGGGGGCGGUGUGGAUGAACGGCGCCACCGGCGCCAUCCUACUUACCGGCUACAACCCCUGGGCCAACUUCACCCAAAACCCCUCCGGGGAAGUGGCCGCAGCUCUGAAUGGCAGCAUCGUCGAGCGGCUCAUGGUGCACAGCAUCCGCGUGGACGUCAACGAGGCGGGGGUGUUGCAGGCGCAGGAGAUGGUGCAGCAAAGCGGCUGGGACGCUAUUGUUCACCUGGGCUUCGAGGAUGAGGCCAAAGGUUUGAAGCUAGAGACCAUGGCUGCCAACAAGCGUGCCUUGCACAAGGGGAAGGUUGCCAGUGCAGGCCCCGAACUGCUGCCGACCACCGGUGACCUUGGGGCGGUUGCCCUGAAUACAAACAACCCUCACGAACUCUGGAGCAGAGACGCUGGGGACUUCUUCUGCAAUGAGAUCUAUUAUCGCACCCUGUACUCGGUUCGAGAGCACCGCCGCUUGCGUUGCCCUGGCGCCUUGAUCCCUAGCAUCUUCAUUCAUGUGCCACCCCUGCACAAGAUGCCACUGCAGGAGUCCGUUACUUUCGUGAGGUCGUUGCUCGCAGACCUGAUCAAAGCCUCCGGCUGCCCCGCAGCGCAGCCUGCACGAGCCGUGGAUGGGCUCCGGCGUUGGCUGCAAAUCUAUGGCUAG